UUUGUUUAUCUCUGUGCCCUAGAAAAUCAAUUAUGUGUGUGCUUUGUUUAAUUAAAUAAGGAUAAAAAUGGAAUUAAAAAAAUUAUAACUGAUUCCAUUUCGUUCACUUUUCAAAUACUGGAAUGACAACAAUUAUCCCUCACUUGUUUUAGUUUCUUAUACAUUUUGGAAUUGUUAUUCCUUUAUUUUUGUAACGAUUUCUUGCUAUGAAGCUAAGUUUUUUAGGUUUAAUGGUUUUGUUAGGAAGAGAGUGCAGUGUGUAGGCAACACAUAAAGUUUUGAGCUUUUGAAUUUAUCAGAGAGAUGCAACACCGGCGGCAUAAGCUUCUCAUUCUCUAUGCAACUCAAACUGGAAACGCAUUGGAUGCUGCUGAACGUCUUGCUCGUGAAGCUGAACGAAGAGUCUGCCCAAUCAACCUUAUCUCUCUCCAUCAAUAUGAUCCUAGUUUGUUACCACAGGAAGAGGCUGUGAUUUUUGUGGUAUCUACCACAGGUCAGGGUGAUACCCCUGAUGCCAUGAAGGUGUUUUGGAGGUUUCUUCUUCAGAGAAAUCUAAGCCGGGAUUGGCUGAAAGGGGUUCUUUACGCUGUCUUCGGUUUGGGUGAUUCUGGUUAUCAGAAGUACAAUUUUGUUGCAAAGAAGCUCGACAAAAGAUUAAUGGACCUUGGAGGAACAGCUAUUCUAGAAAGAGGCUUGGGAGAUGAUCAGCACCCUUCAGGCUAUGAAGGUACUCUUGAUCCUUGGAUGUCUUCUCUUUGGAGAAUGUUAAACAUGACCAAACCAGAAUUCUUACCAAACGGUCCAGAUGUUUUGAUUCAAGAUACAGUGUUGAUUGACCAACCUAAAGUACAAGUCACAUAUCACAAUAUUGAAAAUACUGAGUCACAAUUUUCUACUGCCUCAGAUUUGAUGUCUCUUGAUAUUCUAAUUCGGAGUGCUCGUUCAAUGCAUCCUGGAAAAUCAUCUUCCGACAGAAGUGAGCAUCCUGACGGCUUUCUUAACAUGGUGAAGAAUCUUCCUUUGACCAGACCAAACUGUGGAAAAGAUGUUCGUCAUUUUGAAUUCGAAUUUGCUUCACAUGCUGUUGAGUAUGACACUGGUGAUGUUCUUGAAAUUCUCCCUGGUCAAGAUUCAACUGCAGUUGAUGCUUUCAUACAGCGUUGUAAUUUGGAUCCUGAUUCAUUCAUCAGCGUUAGUCCUAGAGAAAUGGGUGAUCGCGAUGCAUACGGCUCUAGAAUGCCUGUAAAAUUAAGAACUUUUGUGGAAUUGACUAUGGAUGUAGCUUCAGCUUCCCCUCGGCGGUAUUUCUUUGAGGUUAUGAGCUUUUUUGCAACAGCCGAACAUGAAAUGGAAAGACUUAAGUAUUUUGCUUCACCUGAAGGAAGAGAUGACCUGUACCAAUAUAACCAGAAGGAAAGGAGAACUGUUCUUGAGGUGCUAGAGGAUUUUCCUUCUGUACAAAUGCCACUUGAGUGGCUAAUCCAAUUGGUUCCUAUGCUGAAAACAAGAGCAUUCUCCAUAUCUUCUUCUCAAUCAGCUCACCCCAAUCAAGUACACUUGACUGUGAAUGUGGUUUCCUGGACAACACCUUACAAGAGGAAAAAGAAAGGACUAUGCUCCUCAUGGCUAGCCGCAUUAGAUCCCUGUGAAGCCGUCAGUAUUCCUGUGUGGUUCCAAAAAGGUUCCCUUCCGACACCAUCACCCUCACUUCCCCUAAUACUCAUUGGACCGGGGACCGGAUGUGCACCGUUUCGUGGAUUUAUCGAGGAAAGGGCAAUGCAAAGUAAAACUAAUUCAACUGCUCCAAUUAUGUUCUUCUUUGGUUGUCGAAACGAAGAUGCCGACUUUUUAUACAAAGACUUGUGGUUGACUCAUUCACAGAACAAUGGUGUGCUUUCAGAAGCAAAUGGUGGAGGUUUCUAUGUUGCUUUCUCUAGAGACCAACCAGAGAAGGUUUAUGUUCAGCAUAAGAUGGCGGAACACAGUAGAAGGAUUUGGAACCUAUUAGCUGAAGGAGCUGCUGUUUAUAUAGCUGGUUCUUCAACCAAAAUGCCUGAAGAUGUAACAUCAGCUUUUGAGAAAAUUGUAUCUAAAGAAAAUGAGGUUUCAAAGGAUGAUGCAGUUAGGUGGAUUAGGGCAUUGGAAAAGUGUGGUAAAUAUCACAUUGAAGCAUGGUCUUGAGAGUUUUACUAGGGUCAUGGAGGUUCAAUAAUACAGUUUUUUUAAAGUCCAAUAUGGCAUGGACCAAAUUGGUGCAAAAUUUGUGGGAGCAAUUUUUCAUGCCUCCACAUUUAUGAAUAAUCACGGCUUUUUGGAAGUGUACUUUCAGAGGACAUAUUAUUUCCAGAAGUGUAUUUCUAGACUGGACAAAAUUCAUGUUUUUUUGAAUGUGUAUUUUAGUAGUGAUAUUAGAGGAUGUGGAAAGUUGCUCUCAGAUUUGUGGUUCAAACAUGGUGAUAUAACAGGUUGGAAAUUAUUAGUUUUUACUUCCUCUGUCUCA